CCACAACUCCUCCCUCUUCUCUCUCUCUCUCUUUGUUUCAGAAUCUCUCGGAGCUUUUUACAACAACAAUGGCUGUUCAAGCUCAUCACAUGAACAUUUUCUCUCAGUUGAUAUCAUCAAACAGAGAUUGUGUUAAAUUUCAAGAAAACAUGAAUCACGGCGAGUUUGAUUUUACCGGCGGUGAAGUUCCGUUAAUAACCGGAGAAUCUUUCGCCGUCGACCCUUUAGCUGCUAAAGCCAACUUCAACAAAUCAGAAAGUGGUCUCAGUUACAACUUCACGGUUCCUCCUCCAUCUACAAAACGCCCGCGAGAGUUUCAAUUCCGCGACUCAAACGCUCCGGUUAAACGGAGGUCCGUCGCGUUUGACUCACCACCACCGUCGUUGAUAAACGCUGAACUCGUGUCUCAGAUUCAAAACCAACAACAAUCAGAGAUCGAUAGGUUCGUAGCUCAGCAAACAGAGAAGCUAAGAAUAGAGAUUGAAGCAAGGCAACAAACGCAAACGCGGAUGUUAGCGUCUGCGGUUCAAAACGCUAUAGCCAAGAAACUAAAAGAGAAAGACGACGAAAUCGUACGGAUUAGAAACCUUAAUUGGGUUUUACAAGAGAGAGUGAAGAGUCUUUACGUCGAAACUCAGAUUUGGCGUGAUAUCGCUCAAACCAACGAAGCAAACGCUAAUACGCUUCGAACAAACCUAGACCAAGUUCUUGCUCAGAUCGAAACGUUUCCAACCGCUUCAGCCGUUGUAGAAGACGACGUGGAAUCGAGUUGUGGAAGUUGCUGCGGUGAUGGUGGUGGUGAAGCGGUUACGGCGGUUAGUGGUGGUUGUAAACGGUGCGGUGAGAGAGAAGCGAGUGUGUUGGUGUUACCAUGUCGUCAUUUGUGUUUGUGUACGGUUUGUGGUGGUUCGGCUUUGUUACGGACUUGUCCAGUUUGCGAUUCGGUCAUGAACGCUAGUGUGCAUGUUAACAUGUCUUCUUGACCAUUUUCUUUUUUUUUGUUCGUUAAAAUUUAAUUU